AUGCUGGACGGCUACUCGUUCUCCAACCCCUCCCCGUUGCCAGGAGGCGAGCGCUGGUUCUGCUCGGGCAGGACCAAGUGGAAAUGUUCUGUGUGUCUCCAUGUCAACGACGAUUAUGAGCUGGUCAGCAUAUCCAAUGAACAUACGCAUUUGCCGCCGGUUUAUGAAAAAACUAGUCCAAUAACAUCAGCAUGGAAGGUUGAUAUAACGAGCGAUGAAAAUGAAUCGGAGUUCGACGCGUCAGAUUAUGAGGACCGAGACAUUGCGCUUGAUAGUGGCAGUGAGAUGAGCUUAGAUGAGAGUGAAGAUUGUAGCGCAGUUAAAGAUCGCAGCCGGUCGCCUACUCGCCGCCGCCGCACCCAAUCUACCGAUAGCCACGCUAGUCGGGACCGCUCAAGGUCGGGAAGGCGAAGCCGUUCAGUUGACUCGGACCCAUCUAGCAAAUCACGGAAAUGGAGACAAUCUUCCUAUGAUGAUAAGGAUCAUUCACAGUACCAAUCUUAUCCUGCACUUACUUGUCGCUCACCCUUUGAAUAUUUCCAAGAAUAUUUCGACGAUGAAUUCUUUAAAACCUGCGCGGAAUGUACCAAUCUAUACUAUAAGCGCAAACACCGAGGCAAAGAGCUUAAUACUACCGCGGCCGAAAUCAAGAAUCUCUUUGGAGUUUUUCUUGUUAUGGGGUGUAUCAGUUAUCCCAGGACACAUAUGUAUUGGCGCCAAAAGAUGCAAUUGCAGUUGGUGUCCAAUGUUAUGUCUAGGGACCGUUUCUGUUUGCUGCGUGAGCAUAUUCAAAUAGUACCCACUGACAAGGCUCCAGCGGGGAAUAAAUCUGCUCUUUGGAAAGUGCAACCUGCAAUCGAUACCGUGCGUAAGGCUUGUAGGAAAUUAGAAAGAAUUCCAUCAUUUUAUAGUGUACACGAGCAUAUAAUACGGUUGGCUGGAAAAUCUCACAAUAAACCCUGCAGUAAAUCCAAGCCUAUCGGUUUAAAAAAUUACAUUGUUACUACUGGUGAAGGGCUUAUAGUUGAUUUUGAAAUAAAUUGUUCAAAGAGCCCAGAAUUGGACCGCUCUAUAGGAGAAGGGCCAGGAGUAAUUCUUUGCUUAGCUCAAGACAUUCCGCGUGGAAGCUGUAUAUAUUUCAACAAAUACUUCAAUACAAUUCCGCUGUUGGAUAGGUUAAGCGAGAUGGGUCUACACGGUACUGGUACCAUAGGUGCAAACAGAGUACCGAACGGCAAGGAAUUGAACCUCUCCGAGAAGGAAGAUAUGAAGAGUGGUGAUAUUCAACAGUAUGUUUCUGGAGAAGUCGCGCUAGUUAAAUGGGUCGAUACUCGUAAUAAAACUGUUUUGAUAGCGUCGAACUGCACAGGAGGUGAUCAAGUUAAAGCUGUACAGAAAUUUAACAAGAAAGGUAAAGAAUGCAUUCCAGUGAAAGUCCCUCAAGUCGUUAUGAAUUAUAAUAAGAAUAUGGGUGGAGUUGAUGGUCUCCACCAGGCCUUUGAAUAUAACAAAACACUAAGGUCUAAGAAAUGGACACUAAAGGUUUUAAUUCAUCUUUUGGAUUUGGCCGUAGCAAAUGCUUGGCGACAGUAUAGACUUGACCGUCAGGGACUAGGCCAGUCGUCGAGAAAAGAUAAAGACUUACUUUGGUUUCGACUAGACGUGGCCGACUGUUUGACGAACUGCCCUGAAAGAGAAAGGCGAGAAGAUGCCUCCGAUACAGAUGACAAUGCAUUAUUAACUCUUGGCAAAUACAAGCACACGGCUCCGCCGUCAGUAGGGAAGCGGUACGAUGGAUAUGACCAUCUGCCGAUUGUUGACGAUUCCAUACAAUCGCCUCGUGCCUGUCGCCUUGAACAAUGCAAUUCUAGAACAAAGGUUAUAUGCUCGAAGUGCAAUGUCUACAUAUGCCUUUCAAGGGCUAAUAAUUGUUUCUUCGCAUAUCAUAAGAAGUAGCUCAAAUAAUUACAUUCGGCAACGGCAAGAGUGCACUCCUUUUCCACGAUUACACGUUCAGUAACCCAACAGCAGUCGCUCAGGGGACAAAAUGGAGAUGCUCCGGCCGAACCGCCUACUCUUGCAAGGUUUACAUUCACGUCGACAAGAAUCUGCGACUCAGGAAAUAUGUUAAUAAACAUACUCAUACACCCCCUCAAUAUGUUAGACAUAAGACAGGAGUCUAUACUAGGAUGUCUGCUCGAAAACCGUUAUAAUUUUUGUGUAUCUCCUGUUGGUAGAGUCAUUGUAUACAUUAGGUAUACUGUCUAGAUCACUAACCAUCAAAUAUGUUUAAUUCUAAUUUUUGUGUUAUGUGUUUUUUAAGUUUCUUUCCUUGUUUUUUUUUUAAACGCAAACGCUUAUUUCAUACAAUCUAAUAUACUCGACUGUAUAAAACUCUAUUUAUGAGAGUAUGUAUACAUUCUUUCACUUUAUUGCAAUAUAUUAAGGUGAAGAAGUAUAAUUACAAAUAUUUAUGAAUUCGAUUGUACAUAAUUAGUAUAGCAAAUCAGUAGAAAUAUAGAAGUAGAUGUAGUUGUAGAAAGUAGUUUAGUAGUCAGUUUAACGAAUCGCUUCGUAGAUUUCAGUUCCUUUUUUUCUGUUGCGUGCAACGUGUUUUUUUCUUCAGUUACAGUAGUUACAUUGUCUACUGGUAACACCCUACUUAUCGUUAACGGGUACACUUUUAAGAAAGGGGUGAACUUCACUGGUGGAUCGAGGUGGUGGUGUAACGAACCUAACCAACGUAAUUGUGAUGCCUAUGUUCAUAUCAACGACAAGUUUGAACUUAUAUUACAUAAUGAAAAGCAUAAUCAUGAUCCUGUACUUUGUAAUGUGUUUCAAGACCGAAUUAUGUAAAAAUCUUAUGUUAUAAUUUAAAUGUAUGGCUGAUCAGGGUAGGGGAAGUUGUUAUUUUGUUUUAGCGUUUCAUUUUUUAAACUGGUUU